GAUCUCCAGUUCAUGAUCAUUGGUGACUGGGGUAACGCCGGUGCCGGCCAGAACAACACCGCCGCUCUCAUGAAGACCGUUGCCGGCCAGAACAACAUCUCCAUGGUCCUGUCUCUCGGUGACAACUUCUACAGCAACAGCCUCGACUCUGCCGAGUCCUACGAAGGUGUCAAGAGCUCCACCGACCCCAAGUGGACCGAUCUCUGGCAGAACAUGUACCUCAGCGGCCCUCUCUCCACCGUCCCCUGGUGGUCCGUUGCCGGUAACCACGACUGGUACGGUGCUCUCGGUGCCAACCCUGAUGCUGAUGUCCAGCACUCCCAGGUCGACUCCCGCUGGAUCAUGCCCGACUUCUUCUGGGACAAGACCGUCACCGUCAACGGCUUCACUGUCGGCUUCGUCUUUGUCGACACCGAUCUCCUCUUCUACGGCUACCAGGAUGUCAACUCCAAGAAGUUCGGCGCCAACUUUGUCAACCACGGCUGGACUGCUGCCAACAACAGCAUCCAGCAGCACCUCGACACCAUCGAGGGUUACCUCAAGGCUCACCAGAACGACGACUACCUUAUCGUCAUUGGUCACCACCCUCUCGGCACCUGCUCUCCCACCGGCAACAUGACUCUCCUCGAGAACCUGCUCGCCACUUACCAGCCCAGCGCUUACAUGUUCGGCCACACCCACGCCAUGCAGUUCAACCGCCACCACAACACCAUGUACAUCCAGUCCGGCACCGGUGGCAACGCCGAGGCUGCCUGCAACAUGACCGGUGUUGAGCAGUGGGCCAUUGGAAGCAACUACGGUUCCGUGUCCAGUACUAC